GGUGGGCUCUUUGUACUUUCACUCAUUGCCCAUUGAAAAUUCCUCGAAACAAAAUCUUGUAGGUGAUUUAGAAGAAUUGCCCUCCUGAGAAAAAACUCAUUUACUUCUAAUUAGUACAUUUCCGCGUCUAGUAGUAGAAAAGAAAACGGUGGGUUCAUUGUAGUUUUCUCGAAUGUACAAAAUCUUAUAGGUGGUUUGAUUCUGAUCACCUAUAAAGCCUUCGCCCAAGUUUAACAUUUUUUUUUUAUAGCUUUCCUCUUUCUCUGCGAUUCCUCUAUUUCUUUUUUACCAAACAAAAUAGAGCGGCUAUUGUGCUUGUUAAAAUGGCUUCUACUUCAUCUUUAGGCUUCUCCUCUAAAACUACCUACGAUGUUUUCCUUAGUUUUAGUGGUAUUGAUACUCGUUCAAAUUUUACUGAUCAUCUUCAUGUUGCUCUGCGCCGGAGAAGUCUUACAACAUUCAUAGACGAUGUUUUUGAGAGAGGAGAAGGGAUCUCGCCAGCGCUCUUGAAAGCGAUUGAAGAAUCCAUGAUUUCAGUAGUGAUUUUGUCAGAAAAUUAUGCGUCCUCUCGGUGGUGCCUAGAUGAACUAGUGAAGAUAAUUGACUGCGAGAAAGGAAUGGGGCGAAAGGUCUUACCCAUUUUCUACCAUGUGGGAUCCUUCUGACGUUAGAAAACAGACUGGGAAAUUUGGGGAAGCAUUUGGAAAAGUUAAAGAAAAAUCUAAGCAGCGCUUGGACACUGUGGAGAAGUGGAGCACUGGUUUGAUGGAAGCAGCCAAUCUAUCUGGAUGGGAUUCCAAAAACUACAGGCUUGAAUCGGAAUUAAUUGACAAAGUUGUCAACCAAAUCAUGAAGAAACUGUAUCCCAUCUCCUUUAGUGCUUGUCCUGGUUUAGUUGGAGUUGAUGCUCACACCAACAAAAUUCUACCAUUAUUAUGUAUUGAGACGGCAGAUGUUCGUUUUAUAGGAAUUUGGGGAAUGGACGGCAUAGGAAAGACAACCACUACUGAGGUUCUUUUUAGUCAAAUUUCUAACGAAUUUGAUGUUUGCUUCUAAGUAAUGUUAGGGAAAAUGCAGAAAAGCAUGAAUUGCUGCAUUUACAAAAAAAUAUUUUUUCUGAACUUGUAGGGGACAAACAUUUAAGCAUACAAAUGCUUCAUGUGCUUCCCACUAUUGUUCUGGAUAAACUUAGAAGAAAGAAGGUUUUCAUUGUUCUCGAUGAUGUCAAUGAUUCAGAGCAGUUAGAGGCUUUAGCUGGGUAUCAUGGUUGGCAUGGUUCAGGAAGUAGAGUCAUAGUAACAAGCAGAGACAAAGAAGUAAUUGUUAUAAGGUUGAGGGAUUAAAUUAUUGUGAUGCUCUUCAAUUAUUGAGUGUGAAAGCCUUUAAACAAGAGCAUCCUCCAGAGGAGUUUAUGAAGUUAGCAGAAAGGGUGGUAAACUAUGCUAAAGGUGUUCCUUUAGCCCUAAAAGUUUUGGGUUCACAUCUAUGCAAAAGAUCUCCAAAGGAAUGGGAAAUUGUAUUGAAAGAACUAAAAAAAAUUCCGAUAUCCAAAAUUCAUAAAAUAUUAAAAAUAAGUUAUGAUUCGCUAGAGCAAACAGAAAAGGCUGUAUUUCUUGAUAUAGCAUGCUUUUUCAAGGGCCAAGAUAAAGACUCUAUAGAAGAUAUACUAGACGGAUGUGAUCUUACUCCAAGUUUGGGAAUAAUUUGUUUAGUGGAAAAGUAAUUGUUGUUAAUAAUAAGUUAGAGAUGCAUGAUUUGAUACAAGAAAUGGGUCAACAUAUUGCUUGGCAUGAACAUAGUAGAUUAUGGGAAUUCACAAAAAUUUGUGAUAUCUUAGCAACUAAGAAGGUAAGACAUGAAAAAUCUUUUUUAAUUCAUUUGUCCUGUAUACUCAUAGCUUUUUAUUCUUUGUAUUAGGUGAACAAAGCAGUGGAAGGUAUAUGCUUGGAUACUUCUAAAAUGGGAAUGACACGCUUGAAUUCUGCAACCUUCUCACAAAUGCCUAACUUAAGAUUACUCAAAUUUUUUAGGCAUUCAAAUAAAAAGGACUCAACUCCUGAAACCUUCAUACUUGAAUCUGCUAAAAAGAAUCAUCUGCAGAAUCUUCCUAACAAGUUGAGUUUACUACAUUGGGAGGAAUAUCCUUACUGUUCUCUGCCCUUAUGUUUUUCCAUGGAGAACCUUGUUUUACUCAAUUUGGAAGAUAGGGACGUUAAAUGACUUUGGCAUGGAGAUAAGGUAUGCUUUAAAAUAUUGAUUUUUCAAUUUGACCAAGAGA